GUGGUGUUCAGGGCGAAGCGAGGGAUCAGCUAUAUGGGCGACGUGGUGAUCGAUGAUGUCACCUUCCUGCACUGCGUCCCCCCCCCCUCCUCAGGUGACCCCUGCACACCUGAGCAGUUCACCUGCAGGAACCAGAACUGCAUCUCCCAGGAUCAGCUGUGUGACUUCAUCGAUCACUGCGGGGACCAAUCAGACGAGGAGCCCUACAUCUGCCAAGGUUUCAGUUCUCGCUGCAGCUUUGAGUUCGAUCUCUGUUCGUGGCGUCAGAGUCGAAUGGAUGAUUUUGAUUGGCUGAUCAAAGCGGGCAGCACUCUUACAGGCGGCACGGGGCCAAUCAGCGACCACACCCUCAGAGACCCCUCCGGACACUACCUGUACCUGGAGGGCUCUUUCCCUCAGGCAGCAGGACAGUCCACCCGAAUCUCAGGACCCCUGCUGAGCCGCCGCAGCAAACACUGCCAGGUGCGUUUCUUUUCCCACAUGUCAGGAGAAGGCAUCGGGACCCUCAGUGUGUUCAGAGGAGGUGAAGAAAGAGGCUUUGAUCUGCUGUUGAACCUGACGGGGGAUCAGGGUCACGCCUGGCAGAGGGUGGAGGUCCAGCUGAGCCGCCAAGAGGAGGACUUCCAGGUGGUGUUUGAGGGCAAAGUGGGCAAAAACCCAAAGGGAGACAUCUGCCUGGACGACAUCAGCUUCUCCUCAGGGUGCCUGCUGGCUUCAGAAGAGGAAGACAGCACUCCCCUUCCUCCUGCAGGUAAACACUGGUUUUACAUGAUCAG